AGCCUAGUUUAUUCAUAUAUUUUUAUCAACAUUUCUCACUGAAAAGUAUUUAAAUUGCUUAUAACAAGAUGACAAAUUUAUUUAUUUUGUUAACUGGAAUGCCGGGAUGUGGAAAAACGACUAUCAUUAAGCGAAUUGUAGAGGAAUUAAAGAAAAAUGGAAAUAAUAAUAUGAAAGGAUUUUAUACAGGAGAAUGUAGAGAUGCAAGUGGCGAGAGAACUGGAUUCGAUGUUCAUACACUCGAUGGAUCAUCAACAGCGCUAGCUAGAAUCAACUCACCUACAAACAAGUCAUCGAGUUAUAAAGUGGGAAAGUACAAUGUCUACGUGAGCGAUUUUGAAGCAAUGUGUAUGAAAUAUAUGGAAUCUCAUGAUGAAUCACUUCUGGUUAUAGACGAAAUUGGUAAAAUGGAACUGUUUAGCAAGAAGUUCGAGGCAGCUAUAAGAAAUUUCCUCAACAUUGAUUGUAAUUUUAAGAUCUUAGCAACAGUUCCUUUAAAAGCCAAUAUCAAUCUUAUAGAUCAGCUGAAAAAUCACAAAAAUGCGAGAUUAUUUCACAUCACAAAAUCUAAUCGUGAUGAAAUUUAUACUGAAAUUUAUGAUGCUUUACAAGAUAUGCUAGCAAAUUAG